GCCCGGAAAUCACCGGUGUGGUCCCCAGAACAAAUGGAGCAGGCAGUGGAACCCGCGUUGUGCGGCAUCGAACGUCGAGUAUAAGUACGGUUUUUUCUUCUUCUCGCCGUCGUUGUUGUCUUUCAGUCGUCUGAUGCGAGAGAUCUGGUGUUCGAAAAGCGCGGUGAUGCAACGGGCGGCUUGAAGGCGGAUCAAUUCUCUCGCGACCCAUGGCGGCGGCGGGCAGGUUUUGGCGUUUUGCGCCUAGUGUUCAGAGAUGCCAGAAAGGCUUCACGUCUUCCGGGUCGCCGGGGUUGGGCCCCACUCCCUCAGCGGCGGCGGCGGCGUACUGAUCUUCAUCAUCUUCUUCUUCUUCUUCACAACACCACCUGUACGUUGCGGCCAUGUGGAAGAAUUCCCAGAAUACAGCAAAAAUUAUACAUAAUUCCCUGAAUACAUAAGUUUUAUAAAAUUUUCCCAAACUACCCAAGUUUCAAAGGGUUCGAGUUUAUGGGACUCGAACUACUCACCAGUUCGACGAUAAAAAAACUCGAACUAAAAGCGGAUCGACUUUUAAACACUCGAUCAACAGUGGUUCGACUUUGGAGGACUCGAACAACUAUGAUCGAUCACAAGGGACUCGAUCUCAGUAGAUCGAGUAUGGAAAACUCGACCAAGUAAGAUCGACAUCUAAAACCUCGAUGUAGUGCAACGACUUUAACGCACUCGAUCUUAGUCUGGACUAGAUCGAGGCCUUAAGACUCAAACUACUGGCCCACAGACAUGCUUCAGGAUAGGGUUGCAGGGAUAAGAUUUUUGUUGUCAUAGAUCGAGUUUUAGGGACUCGAACUAGUGUAGUUCGAUUACACUAAACUCGAACUACUUGCUCAAUCAUUCUGUCCAGUCGCUUUCUAUCCGACAUGCGCCAGAAUAGGGCGCAGGGGGGGGGAAUUAUUGGUCGACAUAGAUCGAGUUUAAUGAACUCGAACUAGUGUAGUUCGAGUGUAUUGGACUCGAACCACUCCAUCAGUUUACGAUAAAUAAAAGCCAUCACUUAGCACUUUCUGGCAGCACUCUUCCUUUCUAUCUUCUUUCUUCCAAACACAAACUGCAGCUACUGGAGCACCAUAGCUGAGCAAAGAAGAAAAAUUUUGGAGGUAAGUUCUGCUUACUUUGUUUGAAUGAGCAUAUUAGAAUUUUAGAUUAAUUUAGUAUUGUUUGUACUGUAUGUAAUGAGCUGCUUGUAUGAACUGCAGAAAUGGGUAGAAAAUUUCGAAAAUUCGACUUAAAGAUUCGGUGGAAUGGUCGAAUUACACACUUUCAUGAUAGUAUUGACUACGAAGAUGGUGAAUCAAGUAUUGUCCGGAUUGAGAGCAUAUUUACUUGGCAAGAACUCAGUCAUAUUUGUGUUGAACGAUGUUGCAUAGCAGGGCGAAGAGUAUGCAAGAUGACUUACCGUAUGCCGGUUUACAAGGAUUAUGCACUUGUAUAUGAAGGAUCAGUUUUGUCUGACGAUGAUGACAUUAAUAUGAUGGUGAGAUUUAUUGCAGAGAACAGAUUUCCAAGUGCUGAGGUGUAUGUCGAAACAGAAGUUUUUGGCCAAUAUGGUGGCGGCGGUUAUACCGAACACGGUGAAGGAUCGGGAGGGUUUUCCGGUUCAGGAGAUUUCAGAGUGCGGCAUGAUGCACCAUGGCCAACAUACGAGGAUCGAACUGCAACUGGUCCAUUGGUGGAACAUGACGGACAGGAGUGGCCAGUAUGGAGUGAAGAAUGGGAUUACAUAAGGGCACCCAGACAGUCACCUAGACAAGCAUCUACACCAGCAUCUGGCAAGUUUCUGUAGAAAAAAAAACAUUAAUUAUUAUACAAAAAAAUUAGAAGAAUACUAUCACAUUAAAUAAAAAGUACAUGAGGAAGUGCCUACCGGAUCUGCCGCCCAAACACUUUCAGACCGAUGGUAAGGUUGCUCAUCCAACAAAUCGGUUUCUCGCAGUCCACCUUGAAUGUAUAAUCUAGGAUCGUAAAUACUCGGAUCCAUCUCGACAAUUUUGAGUGAUAGAAGUACCAAACUAAAGAAAAAAAAUCUGAUGCGGAAGAUCGGGCUUAGCCGCAACCACAGAGCAUAUUUUUUUCUUCAAGAGUGGUGGGAGGACGAGAGGAAGAAGAAUGGAGAGUGGUGUGAGUUUUGGUGGAAUAUGAGGGGGGUAUUUAUAGGUUCUGUGGGAGAGUGGAUCGAGUUUACAAAACUCGAACUAGUGCAUCGGUUUUUGGGCACUCGAUCCGCGUCAAAAGCAGUUCGUGGUUAGGCGCAUCGAACGAAAGAGAUCGAGCUUAGGGUAAUCGAUCAACGGUUGAUCGAGCUUGACAUCAGCGAUCCGCGUCAAAUUGAUCGAUUAAAUGAAAAUCGAUCCACUACAUCGAGUUUCACGCACUCGAUCCGCGUCAUCCCUGCUUCGCGGGUUUGACAGUCGAACGGCCUAGAUCGAGUUUAGACCACUCGAUCAACGGUGGGGCGCGCCUCACGUCAUCGAUCCGCGUCAAUUGGAUCGAUUAGGGCUGACUCGAUCCACUUACCUCGAGUUUACCGCACUCGAUCCGGGUCAUCACUGCUUCGCUGGUUGAGCAAUCGAACGACCCUGAUCGCGUCCUGGUACAUCGAUCAAUGGUGGAGCGCUGCCCAGCUCAUCGAUCCACUUCAUGUAGUUCGAGUUUGCCAUCCUCGAUUCACGUGGAUCGUGUUUUCGGCAGUCGAUCCGGCAAAACUCGAACUGUGUCAAACUUUGGUAGUUUGGGAAUUCUUUUUAAAAGUUCGGUAUUCUGAGAAUUUUUUUUAAUUAUUACUGUAUUUAGGGAAUUAAUCCUCUUCAAGCUAACUCCCUUCGGUGAUGGGCGAAGGAAAGUCCUGCUGUAGUACGUUUGUUAUACUCGAGCGAAGAAUAGCUGGGCUGGGCUGCGAUGAAAUGGGCCGGGCUACGGUUGCUGAAGAACGAGUGGAUUUGCACUAUAGUGCUCUGGCGUUGCAGAAUGUUGGUGUGACGGAGGACGAGAAGCUGGAAAUAGUAACGACUCGUCACGAAACCAAGACGCUGCCUGAGCUUCAAGAUGACGGUAAUUAUCCGAGUGACGAAGCAGGAGGAGGAAGAAGUAGUAGUAGCUGUAAUGUUAUGCCGACAUUAUAUUGCUGGAUGAGAAGAUUACAUCGCAGAAAUCACAGCUUAAUAAACAACCGAGAUUAAUUAAUAUCAGUAAUGGAGAUUCGUUUUUUUUCUAAAAGAUAAUCGUAUAUAUUGAUUUAAACAAUAGAUCAUUACAUCAUUGUAUUUAAUCGGGCCAUAAAAUCAAAGAAACGACAUGUAGUCGGCUACAAUGAAAGGGUCUUUCUAGCAUGCUAAAGGAAACCGUACCGGACAUCAUACCGGAUUCCUUUCUGGUAGGGUAUUUUGUGGUAGGAUCGUGGUUCAAUCGUUUCGUACCGGUAAAUACCGUUUUUGUAAUAAUAAAAUAUAUUUUUUGUCCAAAAACCGUGUUGGCAAAAUCAGAGUACCGUCUCGGAGUAAUACCGGAUGUAUCGGGAUAUACCGGACAAUAAAUGAAAAAAAUACAA